UAGAGAACCAAAUAUCAUCAUUGUCCACGAGACACUUUGAACAAGCCACUGGCUUAAUUGGGGGUGGAAGACCUUGGAAAAGGAAUAGAGAAAAUCAAACUUCCUUCAUUGAAAAGUCACCAGAACAAAACUUCAUCUGAAAAUGAAAACUAUAAUUCUUUUGGGGCUACUGGGAGCCACACUGUCAGCCCCGCUUAUCCCACAGCACCUUUUAUCUGCAAGCAACAGCAAUGAGUUACUGCUGAAUCUUAAUAAUGCUCAGCUUCAGCCACUACGGCUUCAGGGCCCAUUCAAUUCAUGGAUCCCUCCUUUCUCUGGGAUCCUGCAACCGCAGCAACAAGCUCAAAUUCCGGGACUCGCCCCAUUCUCUUUAUCAACUCUAGAGCAGUUUGCUAGACUGUUCCCAAACCAGUUGACUUUCCCAGGACAGGCCAGUUUUGCCCAAGGAACCCAGGUGGGACAACUGGACCCCUCACAGCCUCAAACACUAUCGCAGACCCAACAGGGCCUGAAUCACGCGAUGCCCUAUGUGUUCUCAUUCAAAAUGCCUCAAGAGCAAGCACAGAUGCUUCAGUACUAUCCGGUUUACAUGCUCCUACCCUGGGAAGAACCUCAGCAAACGGUAACACAGUCACCUCCACAAACAGGACAGCAGCAAUUUGAGGAGCAGAUACCAUUCUAUACUCAAUUUGGAUAUAUCCCGCAACAAACAGAACCUGUUAUACCAGGACAGCAACAACUAACGUUUGAUACCUUCAUAGGCACAGCUCCUGAAACUGGAGCAAUGCCAGCAGGAGGAGUGAUACCAUAUUUGCAAAAAGAAAUUAUAAACUUUAGGCCUGCCAGUGGAGGAAUUUUCAUUCCUUCAACUUCACAAAAACCCAGCACAACAAGUAUUUAUGCUUCUGAUAUAGACCCAACUAUUACCCCAGAGCUCGUGGAAGAGAAGGCCAAGACUGGUAGCCUAAAGGAACCAUAAGACGCUGUCCUAAUCUUUCAGAGUUUUUGCGACAAAGACAUGGUGGUGCCUCAGAUAUCAUUUUAGGCUAUUUGCUUCCUCGAUGCUAAUAACAGUUCUUUGAAAUAUAUAAAAAAUCUUGGCUUUUCUCCUGAAUUUCUUUUAAGGUAUAAGUAAUUUUGCACUAGAAAAAUAAUGUAAUCACUUAAUAAGUCCUGUCUUUAUAUAAUUAUAUUUCUUUUCCAACACCCUAUCAUUCAUUGCAUUAUCUAGAAAGUAACA